GACCGCCUCCACAGAGGCUUCUCCCCCUCUCCGCAACUUGUGCCGCACUUGGUUCUGCCGAGACCCACGACGGUUCCGCCCCCUUCUUCCUUGUCAUUGAUGUUGUUGUUCUUGUCAGUGCCGCAGCCCCGACCGCCGGGAGCUCGAACUCGAGCCGGGGCCGCCCGGGCGGCGCGGUGGCGGCGGCGGCAGUGGCUGCGGCUGCAGCAGCUGCAACGGCUGCGGGGGCUGCUCCGGAGUCUGCGGGGGCGACCGGGGACCGGCAGCCAUCGGCGGGGCCGGAUGGCUCUGUGCGGGCAGGCGGCUGGGGCCGCGUCGCUGCCUAGCGAGCUGAUCGUGCACAUCUUCUCCUUCCUUCCCGCGCCCGACCGGCUGCGGGCCUCGGCCUCCUGCUCGCACUGGCGCGAGUGCCUCUUCUACCCGGCUCUCUGGCCCCAGCUCCGCAUCUGCCUCCGGGUCUCACCCACGGAGCAGCCUCGGCUCGAAUUCCUCAUGCGCAAGUGCGGCUGGUUCGUGCGAGAGCUGCGCGUUGAGUUCGCCGCUGAGAAUUACCUGAGCGGAGGCGGCGGCCCGGGCGACGGAGGAGGCGCGGACACUGGGACUGGCGGGGAGGAAGUCGAGGCCCUGCAGCUCUCAAACCGGUGGCUGGAAGUGCUGCGCACCUACUUGGAGCUGGUGCUGUGCGUGCUGGUCAGCAUUCGGAACAACAGGAACCUCCAGAAGUUUAGCCUUUUUGGAGACAUAAGCGUUCUACAACAGCAAGGAAAUUUGUCAAAUACAUACCUCAGCAAGGUGGACCCUGAUGGCAAAAAAAUUAAGCAAAUUCAGCAGCUGUUUGAAGAAAUACUGAGUAAUAGUAGGCAAUUGAAAUGGCUGUCCUGUGGGUUUAUGCUGGAAAUAGUAACCCCAACAUCACUGUCAUCUCUCUCAAACUCUAUCGCCAACACUAUGGAGCACCUGAGUUUACUGGAUAACAAUAUUCCUGGUAACAGCACUCUCAUCACUGCAGUGGAACUAGAGCGAUUUGUGAAUCUACGCUCACUUGCCCUGGAUUUCUGCGACUUUACAGCUGAGAUGGUGAGAGUCUUAACCGAUAGCAACCAUGUGCCUUUGCAGCGACUGUCUCUCCUGGUCCACAAUGUUUCCGUGAUGCACAAGUCUCUGGACAACAUGCCAAAUGAUGAGCAUUGGAAGGCCUUGUCACGAAAGAGCACCAGCCUUCGGGUCUAUAUAAUGGCUUUUGAUAUCAAGAGUGAAGAUAUGUUAAAGAUUCUGAAGCCCAGUAUACCACUAGAGAGGAUUCAUUUUGACAGCUACAUCACUUGUGUUUCAGGAGCUAUUGUUGAUCUCAUAUCUAGACAGUAUGACAAGUUCCUCACUCAUUUUAUAUUGAUGAAUGAUGUGAUCGACACUUCUGGGUUUCCAGAUCUUAGUGACAACCGAAACGAAGAUCCAUUGGUUUUACUAGCAUGGAGGUGCACAAAGCUCUCUCUUUUGGCAAUUCAUGGUUACACAGUGUGGGCACACAAUCUCAUUGCCAUUGCUCGUCUUCGUGGCUCUGAUCUGAAAGUACUUGAAGUCACUGAAGAAAGCAUUGAUUUUGACCAAGGUGAACUUGCCGACCAGGACGUGGAUCCAGUGCAUAACCUUAUUGAGCAGGUAUCCCUGGGCUUGGGCCAACCUUGGCAUGCAGUCAUGGACAUCGAAUCACUCAGUGUCUUCACUGAACCAAAUCGUCAUUUUUACAGAGAGAUGCAAAGCUUCAGCGAAGACAUUUAGCUUUUUUUUUAAAUGUACAAUUCCUGUGGUUACAUAUGCAAGUAGGAUCCCAUUAUGUUUUUUUUCAGUAGUGUGAAUUAAUCCCUUUGUGCUGUGUUUAAUCAGUAUUAGCUUCAUAGAGUUAUAUAUGUAUAUUCUACUUCUUGAUCAAAGAACGUACUCGGGUAUUGGUUUAGAAGUUCAAAGUGACUAUGUAUAGGGCUUUCACGGUUAAUGAACUUGUUAACAAACCUUAAGGAUGUACAACCGAAGGUUGUCUGAGGUUGCUGGCUAACUUUGUUUUUCACUGAGUUACUCUGCCUUUUUGAUGUUUUUAUUCUUUGUGUGUCAGAGUUCAGAACUCAGGAGCCAAAAUAUUUUUAUACAUAUAUAGAAAUAUAUCCAUAGCCUGGUAGAUUUGUAUGCAAUGCACUGCAUUCACAUAUUGUAAUAGCAUUUCAUUAAUUUUUAUUUGAAAUGGAAGGGAGGAUAAUGUCCCUAAUGAUUUAUCCUUAACAGAAAAACCAAGACUUUAACUUUCAUUACAUAUAUAAAAUUGAUAUCACCAAUUACCAUUCUGAAUUUUGUAUAGUACUAGGUUAGAACAUUGCUAAAUCCUUUUUUUAAAAUGCAUUUACAUAAACAACACACUCAAAUUGUUGGAUUUUUAAAAACUAUAUAUGACAUGAUUUUAUUUAUCAAUUAUAUUACACAUUUAAGUUAGCUUUUAAGCCCAGAUUUCAAGUAGUGGAGGAAGAAAGAAACUAUAUUCCAGGGUAAAACCUCCUAAAGAAAAUCGAAAAACAGAACUAUAAAACACACAUGCUCGCAAACAUUAGUCGUGAAAUCCCUAGCAACAAGUCACUGGAUUUUUCUCUGUCAGCACGCGUGUCAGCUGCCAAAGAAUAGACUUAACUGAAGAAGUGCCCACAUGCUGGCAGGGGCCGGCCCACUCUGGCCAGCCAGAUACUGCUAGAUUGUAAUAUUUAAGGUCGAAUUUCGACCUGUGGUACACAGCUGUGCUGUGGCUCAGUCAGCAACCUCAGAACUCUGAAAAACAAAACAAAAAAGAAAAAAGAAAAAAAAAACCAUGCACCUGUUUCACUGUGAAUAGUGAAUGUAAAGGAAGAAAGGAAAAACUGAAAGCUUGUUCUAUCACAGGUAUGAGCUGCUAUGAUACAUGAAGAACAUUCCAUGAAGUAUGUUUUAAAACCUUGUUAUAUCUGAGAGGCUUUAAAAGCCGAUUUAACUGUUUCAGGGCAACCGCGGUACAGACGUGGUCUCUGUGAGACUUCCACCUGACCCCAGUUUUAAGUGGUACGAAUGUUGUGCAUUUAAUGUUAAAGGACAGUCUGCAAUAAUAAAGUAGCCAACGUGGGUGCCCAGCAGUGCUGAGACCUGGCUGCUCUAUUGUAAGCUUUGGAAACACAAUUUAUGCAACAGAUGUCCAGAUAUGAUUCUAUUUAUGGAAAAAGUUUAUAUGUGUUUUACAAAUGGUUUUACCAUCUUAUAUUAAAAUGACCUUUUGACAGGUGUGCACUGUUUUGUCUCCAGUGGGCACAUACCAUGCGGAUUUUAUAUGUACAUCAGUAGUGUGAAUCCACUGGCACAGUGUGUGUAAAUGCCAGAUGUGGUGAGAUUUUAUCUUAUAAAUGUGAUCAGAUAAAAUAACUCCUGACAGAAACUGUAAGGAAACCAGCUGAAUGUUUGACCUGAUGACUGAUGUUGUAUGGUUUAUGUUAAAUGUAUAUUCUUUUAAUCAAUGAAUAAAGCAUUAAAAAGUGAUCACUGAAAUACAUUUUAUUGUAUAUGAGGCAUGAAAACUAUUAGUGUUAAAUAAAUGGCAGUAAUCCUUAUAUUGUGUAUAAUCAUAUGUUAGCUCCUAUUGUAACUUGGCUAGUGAAGCUCAAAUUUAAGAACCUGUCAUAAAGUCUUAGGCUGAAGAAUUUGGAGGAUUUUAAUUUUUUUAACUAAUUUUGGCAAAAUACAAGCAUAAAAGCAAACAAUACACUGGUUAACACAAAGUCCAGUAAGUGUGGCUACUUACUUCAGUAUGCCAGUAUUAAAUAGUUCAUAAACCCCUGUGUACUGCUUUAGUUUGGCUUUGCAAUCUUAUAUUCUUGGUUAUUGAAGCAGACAGCUGUCAUUUAUGAGAAAGAAAAGGGCUUUGACAUCUUUCUUUCCUUAAUCAUUCCAGCUGCUGACUCUUCUAGAUACUGCCUAAUGUUAGAAUAAUCUGGUGUUGACAAAGAACCAUCAUCGUACCUGCUGCUUCCUUG